ACUGUUUUCCAAUGCUUGCGUAGUAUUAUAUACUAUUUUUUAACCUUUUAACUGCAACUUUACGUUAAUUUAAACGUCAAAGCUAAAGGGCCAUCAUGGUAAUGAUUGUGGUGCUGGCUAGGGUGGUAGUAGUGAAAGCUUCUUUCAUUCUCUUCUGAAUUGUAACUGGUUCCGUCUCCAUCAUCGCCAACUUGCCAUGACACAGGUGAAAGUACCUUAACUAGUUCCUUAUAGUCCUUUCUCACCCUUUCAAACUCUCCAAACCAAUAAUAAAGAACUACACGUUUUCUUUCUUUUCUUGGCUCCUCCAUUUGAAACACUAGAUUUUUUCUCUGUCGUUUUCUUUCUCGCCGCUUCAUGUCUCUGCGUCGUUUUCUCUAUACACACAACGUAGUAGUAGUCCGUGUUUCUUACCUCCUACUUCUUGUUUCUGCAUAUUCAACAAUAAUGCUUUCAAGGUGUCUCCGCUGUGCCUCAUCCAGUUUUUACCUUUCUUUCAAAACUGGGAGGUCUCUGUGGAUGUGUGAGGGCGCAGAUCCAUUUCAAGGGAGCCCUACAACUAGGGUUUUCACUCGCUAUUUGUGCCUGCCACUAAGAGAGAGGGUUAGAUAUUGCGCUGUUUGGUGGGUGGAAAAGCAUCAUAUUGGAGCUGUUUUUUGAGAGAACUAUUACUUUUGGUGUCUGGUAAGGGAGGAAGCGCUACCUCUCGACCCUUGACCCUGGACCUUUUUCUUUUGUUUUGUUUUUUUUUUUGCUGCAACGAGUUAAGUUACAGUGAGGAUUGAGAAAGGAAACCAGAACGAGAAGCUUUAUUCGAAACAUGUACAAGGAGAUAGCAAUUACAGUGGCUAAGUUUCUGCAGUGACUGAUAUAUCUUCUGAGAGGCUUUCAUCCAACGUUUAGAAGAGGUUUUCUCAUCGGAUUGUUAAACUUGGUGAGUGGGAAAUGAGCAGUUUAAGGCCUGAGUCUCAUGUGGCACAGCAAAUUCGGCGCGAAAAAUUGAGAAUCCAAAACAGUUCUCAACCUCUGCACGAAUUUCCCAACAAUCUUGAACCGUUAUCGUUACAGCCGGGGUUUAAUAACUUUGACCUUCUUCAUGUUAGGAAUGUUAGAAACGCUAACAUGCUCGACGAACCAGUUGUUUAUCCACCAGAAAUGCCAAACUUCUCCACUUUGAACCCCUUGUCUACUCCAAAGAACGCUUUGGAGUAUCAUCAAGAAAUAGGUGCAGCUGAAGCGAGUAACAGGCUGAUGAUGAAUCAGUAUGGUUCAUUUUCCCAUUCCAUGCCCUCUAUUCAUUCUUCCCACAAGGAACAGUGUGAACUUCGUAAUUUGGGAAAUUGGAGGAACAGUGCUCCCCAACAAGGAUCUGAUUGGUUUAUAAAUUAUCCAAGUAAUGCCAAUUCUUUUUUGUCUUCUGAGCUCAGCAACGUGUCUUCUUACAACGAACUAAUGGAUGCACAGUGUAGCAAUGCAUCUGAUGAAAUCAGUGGUAGAGAAAUUCAAAAGCAAUUAGGUGGACUGCAUAAUCCUCCUCCUCCUCCUCCACUGUAUCAAAAUGCUUUGCAAGAUAUUGUGAAGUCUGCCUCUAUCAGCGCCCACACUAGGCAAGACAUGACUUCCCUAAUGCAGCAAAAUGACCACAGCAUUUGGGUGGGCAAUAGUACUGAAGUUGAGCUUCAACAGCCGAGUUAUGGAAAUCAGCCAAAUCCGUUGCGUUUUGGAUGGACAAAUCGAGCAAUAGAUAACAUCCCGAGUGAUUCACUUCCUCAGAGCUUAUCCUUGUCACUUUCAUCGAACGCACAACCCAAGCCUUCUGUUUCUCAACAUGAGCAAGGGUCUACAUCCGAUGAUCCUCGUUGUUUGAAGUAUAUGAUGCCGUCUAUUGUCUCUAGAGAUUUUGCGAAAUCACUUCAAGACACGGUGGGAAUGCCUUCGAAGAGUACUAUAAGUUACCGAAGUGUGGGUCCCCUUGGCCCUUUUACAGGGUAUGCUACUAUUCUUAAGAGUUCAAGGUUCUUAAAGUCUGUCCAACAGUUGUUAGAUGAGAUUUUCUGUGUAUCUGGUGCAAAGUUUGCGAAAUCAUAUGAUGUUUCAGAACGUGUUUCUCCAGAAGUUAGUGCUUCUACUUCUGCGGAUACUGUUACUGUCAAUAACACCGGGUUUACUGCAAAAGGUAGCAACUCAGGUUCUUCAUCAACUAUGUUGUAUAAUGUGUCAAAGGAAAAUUGUUCUGAUUUGGGAGUUGGAAGUAGCUUUGGACUUUCUUCGCGGCCAGAUUAUCAACAGAAGAAAGCAAAACUGCUGUACAUGCAUGAGGAGGUUACGAGGCAAUGCAAGCAGUACCAUCUACAAAUGCAGAUGGUUAUUUCUUCGUUCGAGUCAGUGGCGGGUCUUAGUUCUGCUACUCCUUACGUCUCCAUGGCUCUCAAGUCAGUAUCAAAACACUUCAGAUGUUUAAAAAAUUCUAUCUCAGAUCAGCUGAAGCUUGUAAGCGAAGCCUUGGGAGAGGAUGUGUCAAUACCCUCUUGCAGUACUGGCAGUAAAGCUGACACUACUAUGGCAAGGAUAAGAUGCAGCAUGGACCAAAGUUUUCUAAAGAACAAAUCUGGCAGAGGGAGUACUACGGAUCUUCUUGAUCCACAACAGCAUGUGUGGAGGCCCCAGAGAGGCUUGCCAGAGCGUGCAGUGGCAAUUCUUAAAGCCUGGUUAUUUGAGCAUUUUCUUCAUCCUUACCCUACAGACACUGAUAAACACAUGCUCGCUAGUCAAACAGGUCUAUCACGGAAUCAGGUAUCAAAUUGGUUCAUAAAUGCUCGAGUACGAGUAUGGAAGCCAAUGGUUGAGGAAAUACACAUGCUUGAAACAAAAGCAACAGGCACCAGAGAGAAGAGUGGUAAACAUGAGGGAACAUCUUCUGGCCCUGAAGGUGGUGAUAGCAGCCAACCUAGAGUGGAUAAGCCUUUGAGAAAUAUUGGUAUGAAUUCAAUACCUGAAAAUAGAUUUGAGGGCAUGGAAAUGGAAUCAAGCAAUGCUGAAGAAAGAGGGUUAAGUGAAGAAGAAUGGAGUCAAGAGAAAAGAUCUAAAUUGGAAUGCCAAAUGACUUCAAACAAUAUGGAUGGUACAUUGAUGGGUUUUAUGCCAUACCGACGCGGUGGCCUUGAGGUUGGUGGACUUGAUUCUGUGUCACUAACGUUGGGUCUUAGACAUGGCGUUGAAGGAGUACAACAUCAACAACAAUUGCAAGAGGAGCAGCUUCGACAUCAUCACCUCGGAGGGCACAUGAUCCGUGACUAUGUGGGCUGAUUGUAGUAACUUCGUGAUGGGAUAAUCAAAGUGGACACCCUCUGGGGUACUCUGAUCACAUGCAACUUUGCUUCAGACUGCGAAAUUCUGAACUAAAACUGGAUGGCAAACGUUCAAAUACUGUUCAACAAGGGCAUCACUACCAAAUGAAAGAAGAUAGGGUAUAAGGUGGAAGAAGGCUGAGGAGUAAAAUAUAUGAAUAUAUGAUGGAAAAAUUUCCUCCUCUCUGAAGAAGAGUGGUGAAUAAAGAUGUAAUGGUUUUAUUAAUGUUUUAAUUAUUAUACAGCAAACUUUUUAUUAUAUCUUUUUAUUUUGUUAAAUUUAAGUAACUCAAAUUUUCAGUUC